UUUCCCAUCUCAUCUAAAAUGUCUGAUACCUGCCGCUUCGAAGAACACGCUUCUGCUCAAAAGACCCAUACCCAUGCCGAGGGUGGACAUCAUCAUAGCCAUGCUGGGCACGAUGCUCAUGAUCAUGGUCACACCCAUGAACAAAUGGAUUCUCCUGGUUUAUAUCAAGAACGUCCUAAAGCCAUUUAUGAUAACCGUGAUUGGGAUGAGCGAGCAUUUACUGUUGGUAUUGGAGGUCCUGUUGGCUCUGGAAAGACUGCAUUGAUGUUGGCUUUAUGCCAGCGUCUUCGCGAGAAAUAUUCUCUCGCCGCUGUAACCAAUGAUAUCUUUACUAAGGAAGAUACAGAAUUCUUAGUUCGCAAUGCCGCUUUACCAGAAGAGCGUAUUGCUGCUAUUGAAACAGGCGGAUGUCCUCAUGCUGCUAUUCGUGAAGAUGUAUCGGCAAACUUAAAUGCUUUGGAGACUCUCCAUAGCAAAUUUAAUACACAAUUAUUGUUGAUUGAAUCCGGUGGGGAUAACUUGGCUGCAAACUACAGCCGUGAAUUAGCCGACUAUAUCAUCUAUGUUAUUGAUGUUGCUGGUGGCGAUAAAGUUCCCAGAAAAGGAGGACCUGGCAUCACUCAAAGUGAUUUGUUGGUUGUCAAUAAGACAGAUUUAGCUGAACUCAUCGGUGCUGACUUGGGUGUCAUGGCCCGUGAUGCUAAAAAGAUGAGAGGUGAUGGACCCACUAUCUUUGCCCAAGUCAAGAAUGGUGUAGGUAUGGACGAUAUCAUUAAUCUUAUUUUGGGUGAAUGGCGUGCAAGUGGUGCCGCCAAAGGAGCUUAAUUCAUGACAAGCCUUAUUUACCUUAAGGGUCAGACAACUUUUAUGUAAUAUAUACUUUAAUAUAGAAAGAUGCUCUGACUUGGUAUUUAUAUUUAAAAUCGAUCAAAAGCAUAAUAAAAGCAUAGACGCGUCCACGUCUUUUUCUGUUGUUACCCAAAAAA